AUGCGGGUGGGAGGGUGUGGCGUGAUCUCUCCAAGUCCGCUGGCUGCCACGGACUGUUCCGUGGGCGGGGAGAAGCCAGUCAGUCAGUCGGCCAGUCCUCCCUGCAGUCAGAGCCCCAGCGCGGGCAAUCCUUGGCUCCGCCCCCCGCUCGCUUCCCUCAGGCCCCGACUCCGCCCUCAGGCCGAGUUUCUCAGUGUGGAGCGGCCAGAGCGGACAGUCGGAGGCUGCGGCGGCUGGUUUCCGGGAGAUGAGGAGAAAGCAACAGAGGAGGAAGGAGGAGACUCGAACAUCCCGCCCACCGCUGCACCAACCAAACCGAGAGCCUUAACCAUGGGAGUCGACCUGUCCAUCGGGGAGAAAAUAAAAAAAAUAAGAGGACUGUCGCCUGAAUUCCAAACCUCCAAUUGGCUCGACAUCUACCAGAAUAUCAGAGGACUGAAGCCGGCGGUGAGAGAAGACCUUCGCUCCGGCUCAUACGGCAAGGAAUGGAUAAAGGCAAAACCCUCUGAGGCCCUGAACCAAUGCUCCGCACUCACCCCUAAAUUUGAGGAUCCAAGGCCUCCAGUCAAGCCACCUCUAACGUCAUUCUGGACGCUGAACAUCCCGAGGGAAACCAUCCUGAAGCACUGCUGCCUCCACUCUAAGGACCCCAGCCCUCCAGUCAAGCCAGCUCCAGCUUCUUCCUGGACUCACAACACCCUGAUGGAAACCCUCCUGAAGCACUCCUGACUCCAUCCCAACCCCAAACAACCCCAGACCCAGGCCACAAGAUGUCUUCUGAGCUUGGGGUUGUCUCUGACCUCCCUGUCCACUUCUCCACCUCCAACCCUCCCACCCUCCCGUCCCCCCACCCCACACACAAUCCUGAUCGCCCUGUCCUCCUCCCCACCCAAACCCUAGCCACCUCUCCCCCAUUAAACAUCCCCCCACACUACCCCUGCCAGCUAUUCAGAAGUAAGCUUUUCUUCCCCAGAACACUUGGUUAGUGAUUAAAUGAUGUUAAAAUCCCA